AUGGAGGAUUCCGUGCCGGAGACUCCUAUUCGCAACCCUCAGUCGAUCCAGAACACUGCUGGCAGUGUCGCGGAUGACGAUGCCGAGUAUGAAACUGUAGCCACUGUUCUCAUUCAAAAUCAGUCUCUCAAAACACAGACUCCGCCCUCUGCUUCUCAGCGUCUCACGCAGCCUACCCAAAUCAUCGAAAGAUCUUCCGAUCAAAAAUCCACCGUCCAGGUUGCCGCAACCUCCCCUUUGGCUCCUUCGUCGUCUCCAUCUCGUCCUUCCCAACGCGGCGGAGUGUUAUCCAAUGCCAUGGCCCCUAGCGGCACUCAAUUUCGUCCGCCCUCGACAUUUGCACGGCCUACGAAGCGACCGCCGGCGAUAGACCUGGAUGAUGACGGGCCGACGUAUCGUGGCGGAUCUUCGGACGAGGACGUGCAGAAUUCUCGGUCAACGGAUAUCAAGCCCGCCACUUUUACCAAGUCGUCGCGAAGCCCUGUUCCCGACAAGGUGAUGGAAUCUCCAGUGAACACAAACAGCGGAUUGGAGAGGUUCAAAAAGAUUACGUCUUCAGCAAUCUAUAGACCGACGAAUGGCACUGCCAAACGAACGAUCUCCCAGUUGGAUGGGGCGUCAGAUGGCGGAUCUCCGAAAAAGCCUCGACAGUACACUUCUUCCCGCGCUUUACCUGUCGAGGUUGAGAUCAAUUCGAUUGACGACAUUGAUGACUACCAGACUAAGGUCAAGGUUAAAAGGAUCUUGACAAUCAUGCCUCAAAAGUCCGUUCGUGAAAUCAUGGAGGCUCUUAUGUUAAAACGUGGCAGUUAUGAAGAUGCACUGGAACACCUUGCUGCCACGGAAGAACCAGCGACUGUCGCAUUAUCUGACGACGAAUUGAUCGUGGCUCGCAAACCCUCGCCUGUGGCUCCUGCCAAGCAACAGAUCAAGGCGCAGACAAAAAUUCAAGAUAAAUGGUCCAGCCUUCAGAAGAGUCAAAGGGACAGGCAGGCUACCCUGGAUGAGUCCAAACCCAGGCGGCGUCUGAUCCGGGGAUCCAGGAACCGAGUCUCUUCUCCUGUCAGCACCCCACGCGCCGAAACGCCCCCAGCGAAACCACUAGGCCGACUUGUCAGAGGCAAGAGGCCCAGGUCACAGCGAUCAGAGUCUCCAGAGGCGGUGAUCAUAUCAGAUGAUUCCGAUUCGAACAGCGACCAAGAGCCGUCGGAAGACGAUGGGGAAUUGGAAACAAAGGUUCUCAAGUUCAUUAAUAGUUGCACCGUCACAGAGCUCGCGGAUCUUGCUGCCACAUCUGAGCAAGCUGCGUCCACGAUCAUCGCACACCGUCCUUUCUCGACUUUAGAAGCUGUGCGAAAUGUCAUGGGUGACGAUGAGCCUCAGCCAAAGAGUGGACGGGGUCGAAAAACCAAGAAGCCUAUCGGAGACAAGAUCGUUGACAAAUGUCUGGACAUGUGGACCGGGUAUGAAGCCGUUGAUGCGUUGGUAGCGCGCUGCGAGGCCCUGGGAAAGCCGAUAGCUGCUGAGAUGAAGAAAUGGGGCGUGGACAUCUUUGGGAAGAAGGACGCUGAACUUGAGCUCGUCUCCCUGGACCAUGAUUCCGGGAUUGGCACUCCAGCAACCCCGCCUACUGACGAAGACAGUGACACCAUUGCAAAGGGUCCUCGCAAAAAUCGCUUCAUCUCUCAGCCAUCGAUCAUGAGCGAGAACUUGACAAUGAAAAAUUAUCAGAUUGUCGGAAUCAACUGGCUGUCUCUCCUUUUUGAAAAGGAGCUCAGCUGUAUUUUGGCAGACGACAUGGGUCUUGGCAAAACCUGCCAAGUGAUCGCAUUUCUCGCACAUUUAUAUGAGAAAGGCAUCAAGGGACCCCAUCUCGUCGUCGUGCCAUCAUCGACACUGGAGAACUGGCUUCGGGAAUUCCAGAAAUUCUGUCCCACCCUUUCGGUCAUGCCAUACUACGCAGGUCAAGAGCAAAGGGCUGAGAUUCGAGAGACGAUUGAAGAGAACCGGGACAGCAUCAAUGUCGUUAUCACCACGUACACGGUUGCGAAAGCCAAGGUCGAUGCACAUUUUCUGAGGAACCUCGAUUUCUGUGUCUGCGUGUACGAUGAGGGUCAUAUGCUGAAGAACAGCACAUCGGUGUUGUACGAGAAAUUGAUACGGAUCCCUGCUCGGUUCAGACUCCUCCUCACCGGAACGCCAUUGCAGAACAACCUGCAAGAACUGGCUUCUCUGCUGGGGUUUAUCCUGCCCAAGGUCUUUCAAGAAAAGAAGGAAGAUCUGCAGAAUAUCUUUGCGAAUAAAGCCAAGGCUGUCGACGCGUCUGAAUCUCAUUCCACUCUUUUGUCAGCGCAACGCAUCGCCCGGGCGAAAUCGAUGCUCGCGCCGUUCGUGUUGCGCCGGAAGAAGCACCAAGUCAUUGAUUUGCCACCGAAGAUUUCUCGUGUAGAGUAUUGCGAAUUGAACGAGACGCAGAAGGAGAUCUAUGAGCAGGAGAAGGAGGAAGUUAGACAGCUUCUUGCCGAUCGGGCAGCGGGGAAGAGGACCGGAAACAAGUCGGCCAACAUCCUGAUGAAACUACGUCAGGCGGCGAUUCAUCCAUUGCUCAAACGCCGCAUCUACGAUGACACGACCCUGAGUCGCAUGGCCAAGGCGUGCCUGAAGGAGGAGCAAUGGUCACAGUCCGAUCCUGAUAUCAUCUUUGAAGAGUUGCAGGCAUACAACGACUUUGAAUGUCACACCAUGUGCGUGAACAAUCCCAACUCUCUGGGCAAAUUCGCGCUGAAGAAUGAGGAGUGGAUGCAUUCGGGCAAAGUUGAGAAGCUUUGCGAGUUGCUCAAGAAGUUCAAGGCGAACGGUGAUCGGACCUUGAUCUUCUCGCAGUUCACGAUGGUGAUGGACAUUCUUGAAUACGUCCUCGAGACACUGCACAUGGGAUUUUUCCGACUGGAUGGGCGCACCAGCGUGGAGGAUCGGCAGUCGAUCCUGGACGCGUUCUACGAGAAGGUUGACAUUCCUGUUUUCCUGCUCUCAACCAAGGCCGGCGGUGCUGGCAUCAAUCUGGCCUGUGCGAACAAGGUGAUCAUCUUCGACUCGAGCUUCAAUCCGCAGGAGGACGUGCAGGCGGAGAACCGCGCCCAUCGAGUGGGCCAGACACGCGAAGUCGAGGUGAUCCGACUGGUCACAAAAGGAACAAUCGAGGAACAGAUCUACGCUCUUGGACAGACGAAGCUGGCCUUGGACCAGCGCGUUGUCGGUGACGACCCGGCUGAUUCCAAGCGCAGCGAGGAGGCAGGCAUGAAGGCGGUCGAAGAGAUGGUCGCGGCCGACCUGCAGAAGGAGGAGUCUCGCAGCUAA